AAACAACAUAUGAAAAGAUGUUAUCUAUUAUAAUGGAAAAAUGUGAAGAACUAGAAAUGUAUCCGGAUCCAAAUACUAUAAAUUGUGAUUUUGAAAAAGCCGUUAUAAAUGCGAUAAAAAUCACAUUCGGAGAUGAUAUUAAAAUACAGGGUUGCUUUUAUCAUUUAUGUCAAAGUACACAACGGCAAGUACAAAAACUGGGAUUGGAAACAUAUUACAGAGAAGAUGAGACGUUCAGUAAAUUUUGUGCGAUGUUAGACGGGCUUGCCUUUCUCCCUGUCAACGAUAUUGAAACAGGAUUACUUUAUUUAAAAGAUAUCAUGCCAGACAAAGCCAAAGAACUGGUUACAUAUUUUGAAAAUAUAUAUAUUGGAAGUACUAAACGUAUAGGACGUAAACAACGUAAAAUAUCUGCUUUAUAUUCGCCAUCGGUAUGGAAUGUUAUGGAAACAACUUUACGUGAUGGUAACCGGACAAAUAAUCAAUGUGAAGGAUGGAAUCAUAGGUUUUCAAAUUUAGUUAGGUAUAAUCAUCCAAGUAUUUGGACUCUAAUAAAAAAAUUGCGCCUGGAGAUAGCCGCUGACGAAACAAAAAUUGCACCAAGAAAGUUAGGGACAUUGGAUCCACCACGAAAAAAACCAAAAUAUGUAAAGAUGCAAAAAAACUUAAGCUUCUUUGUAUUGAAUAUAUGA